AUGCCGAAUCAGCGAACGCACCGCCGCCGUCGUCGUCGUAAGAACGGUGCAGAUCCAACCCCGCCGCGCGGACCCUUAGACGACAUCACCGAGGACCUGGCGUGUCUCGUGUUCACGCACGUGGACUACCUCAGAGACCGCCGCAGCCUCUCCGCCGUGAGCAAGGUCGUGGGUCGCGACAGGAAGCGUCUUGGCCCCUCGAAUGGAUAG